GUUGUGCCUGACCGAGGGCUGUGACUGGCAGGCCUCCUGUCGUGUUCCCUCCCGCUGCACCGACUCUCCUCCGCGCCACCUACUCGCGCCAGCAUGACGGGCUCACUAUUCAAGGCAAACUUUUGGAGUACGGACAUCCUCAGCACCACCGGCUAUGACAGCAUCAUCCAGCACCUGAACAAUGGCCGCAAGAACUGCAAGGAGUUCGAAGAAUUUCUAAAAGAAAGGGCAGCUAUUGAAGAGAAAUAUGGCAAAGAUCUGCUCAGCCUCUCCAGGAAGAAGCCAUGUGGACAGUCUGAGAUCAACACCCUGAAGCGGGCCCUGGAAGUCUUCAAGCAGCAAGUAGACAAUGUGGCCCAAUGUCACAUUCAUCUUGCACAGACUCUAAGAGAGGAAGCCAGGAAGAUGGAAGAUUUCAGGGAAAAGCAAAAGCAACAACGGAAAAAGACAGAGACUGUCAUGGAUGCUGCCCAUAAGCAAAGGAAUUUACAAUUCAAGAAAACCAUGGAUGCAAAGAAGAUCUAUGAGCAGAAAUGCCGGGACAAAGAUGAGGCGGAGCAGGCUGUCCACCGGAGCGCCAACAUGGCAAACCAAAAGCAACAAGAAAAGCUCUUUGUGAAACUGGCAACUUCCAAGACUGCAGUAGAGGACUCUGACAAAGCGUACAUGCUGCACGUCAACACGCUGGAUAAGGUCCGAGAGGACUGGCAGAGUGAGCACAUCAAAGCCUGCGAGGUAUUGGAGGCUCAAGAAUGUGAACGAAUAAACUUCUUCCGGAAUGCACUGUGGGUACAUGUGAAUCAGCUGUCACAACAAUGUGUCAAAAGUGAUGAUAUGUAUGAACAAGUUCGUAAAACUUUAGAAAUGUGCAGCAUUGAGAAGGACAUCGAGUACUUUGUGAAUCAACGCAAAACUGGACAGAUUCCACCAGCACCCAUCAUGUAUGAGAAUUUCUACUGCCCGCAGCGGAAUGCUGCCCCACCAGGAAAGACCACAGGGCCUAACUUGGCAAGGAGAGGACCUCUCCCAGUUCCUAAAAGUGUACCAGAUGACCCUGAUUAUUCUUUGGUUGAUGACUACAGUUUGCUCUAUCAAUAACAUAAAGAAGAGGAAGCUUUCUCCAGCUAGUGCUUCUGUGGCAUGAAAAGAGGCACCCAGAGCAGCAGAUUCUAGAGCUUUGUCAAUCAUGAAGACUUUGAAGUGAACCCUUGUUGCAAUUCUUGAAUAUUUAAAAUUUAUAGUAGACAUCAAUUCAAGUUAGUAAAGUGCUACAGUUUUUUUUUUUUUUUUUUUGACAAAGUUUACAAAUUGCCCAGACUGGUAAAUAAUUCUUUCCCACUCAUUCACUGAAGUUGCAAAGGAACUGUUUCCUGUUUGGGAUUUGUAUUUAAAUAUGUGUAUUUAAAUAUAAACUGUUUUCUGUUUGGGAACUGUUUCCUGUUAGUGCUCCAUGGGGCAGAGGGGGCUGCAGUGGAGACUGAGCUGUCAACUGCAGAAGAUGCACUUUUGGCUUUGGGCUUUGGCUUUUGCUCUGUAUUCUGAGCCACAGAGCAGCAUGGCUUUGGAAUCUCACAGCAACACACUCUCAUGGUUCAAGAUUUAAAGUUACCCUCCUUUUUGGCUGGAAGACUUAGAAGCCACAUUCUCAUUUUACAGAUGAAGAAACAAGGCCCAGAAGUGUGAAAUCAGUUUCCUUACAGUUCUGCCAGCAGAUGAGAGAUGGAACUGGACCCAGUGCGCAAGCUCAUUCCACAUCACUCUUACUAACUCUUCAUGAAGCUGUGAUGCUCAGGCUAAAAUUAAAAUUAAAAAUGCCAAAUAGUUUUGCCAGCAUCUUUUUUCAAUUGGGAAAAUUACUAGGACUUAAAUGUUAAACUUUAAAAAAAAUAUAUGAUUCACCAUGUGUACUAAAUUACAGAGCAGCAUAUUUAACAUAAUCUGAGAAGCUGUAGAUUGUAAAUUAUGCCACUAUUUCAUGUACCACUCCGAAGAUGGGGUAGUGAAGGUGCCAAUAGGUUUGUGACAGCCUGUUGACAGCCAAACCCAUUUGAAUUUGAGACAGUAAAUUGUGACCAAAAAAAAAGUUCAUAGAGUCAAUGACAUAUGGUAUUUUGAUUAUCUUUAAUUCUGGGUCUCUACAAUCUUUUGAAAACUUGCUAGACCCUGGAAUCUUUCAAGAAUCAGUCCUUUUACAAAUAUUUGGCUCUUCCUCUGUCACCCAUAAGCUAUGGGGUGUUAUGUACCUUUCAUACAACUUUUGAGCAAUGAGAAAAUGGUGCAUUUUAGUUAAAAUGAAAAUAGCACUAUUGCUUGUAUGUUGUAAAGGUCACUACAAGGAGCAAAUAUUUAUCUCUCCUGCCCUGUGCAAUAACUUUCCUAGAACUAUAGGAAAAAAAAAUGACUAAAAGAAGAUUAAUUAUUUCCCCCUUUUAAUAUAAGGUACUUCUAAGUGUGACAGCUUCUUAUCAUAGCAGGAAACUUGCAUCAGUUGAAUAUCCUUUUGAGAAAUUCAUAUUUGCAAAGGACCAUUGACUUCCCCAAACUGAAACAGGCUCAGGAAAUUUGCCUUUGCAUUCAGAUCUGUUUUUAACUUUAUUAUUUAUUGUUGGCUCCUCAGGGAUUUCACUUUUCUAUCAGUGUAAUUGAUGUAAAAGUGUUUUAUGAAUAGAACAUGAUAAUUUUAUUGCUCUUUAAGUUUAUUUGAAGUAAAAUAAAGGUUCUUGGUGAUUUGGGA